AUAGGGGCGACGCCUACUAUCAGGGGGGUGAGUUUUUUACCCAGCACCUGAUAUACCGGAGGCUCGCCAGGCACUUCGGUGUAUCCCUCGAACAAUUUGACCCCUCGGUAUACGGCCUCCCUCCGUUGCAACCAGAUGUCAGAGUUCCCCUCCCCCCGGGUGAAGAGCGGCCAACAAUCUAUGAUUCUGUGAUGAUGGGGGGUGACGGGGUUGGAGCCGUCGGGGGUGAUGCUGCCGGAGAAGAAGUCUCCUCCAAGGCUGUCGUGGAAGAUGCCCCCGGUGACAACGAGGCUGAAGCUGCCGAGAAGAUUAUUACUUAGUCAAUUUUUUUUAAAAAAGCCUUGUAAUGAAACUUUUGUUGCCCCUCGGCUUUGGCCACACUCUGUAAUGAUCACAUUGACUAUUUUUGUGUUGUAAUUGAAUGAUUGCCUUCGGGCUUGGUGUAUGUGAUAUGCUUCCUUCUGAUCUGUUCAUUGUUG